GGCCUGUCCCAUUCAGAGGAGCAGCAGAGCCGGGAGUGAAGGGCUCCACUGGAGGGUGCUGGGGCCCGGGAUGCACAGUCCACUGAGGAGGGCGUGACCCAGAGAGGGGCAUCUCCUGCCAGCCUGCCAGACACCAGGGUCUGCAGCCACUGGUACCCCUCCAGCCCUGUGGGCCCGGCUGCUGCCACCCCCAGACGGAGUGGGAGGCUCCGGGCUGCAGAGGAAGCAAGGAACUAGGAGUCUUCACAGGCCUUUUCCCCAGGUGUUUCCCGCCGUGCCCGGGGCUGAGUGGCCAAGGACCUGUCCUGCUGAGCUUCGGACGCUGUCCAGUGUCCAGUGAAUGAGCAUGGGGGAGGAGGAUGACUACUAUAACAGCUCGGACACUUACUACGACCUGCCCGGGGAAGACUACUCAGUGCUGGUGGAAGACGAGCCCUCAGCGCUGGACUCGGAGGCAGUCCGGCGGCUGCUGGUGGCCCUGUACAGCCUGGUGUGUGUGCUGGGCCUGCUGGGCAACGGGCUGGUGGUGGUGCUGGCGGGCUGCCGGCUGAAGCGCACGGUGAGCACCGUGUGGUUCCUGCACCUGGCGGCCGCCGACCUGCUGCUCAACGCCUUCCUGCCGCUCUACGCGGCCUACGCGGCGCUGGGCUUCCACUGGCCCUUCGGCACGGCCCUGUGCAAGCUCAGCAGCUUCCUGCUCACCUGCAACAUGUACACCAGCGUGCUGCUGCUCUCCGCCAUCAGCGGCGACCGCUGCGUGUCUGUGCUGCUGCCCGUGUGGGUGCAGAACCACCGCAGCCCCCGUCGCACCCACGCCGCCUGCACUGCCAUCUGGGCCCUGGCCGCCCUGCUCAGCGUCCCCUCGCUGGUCUUCCGCGACACCAGGCAGUUAUCCGGGGGCCAGGUCGCCUGCUUCAACAACUUCAGCCUGCUGUCCCCCGGACCCGCCGUGGCCGCCGCCAGCUCCGGCUGGCACGUGGGGGUGACCGUCACCCGCUUCCUCUGCGGCUUCCUGGUGCCGGGGCUGGUGAUCGCCGGCUGCUACUUCAUCAUCAUCUGCAGGCUACAGCGCCACCGGCUGAGCAGGAACAGGAAGCCCUUCCGGAUCAUGGCCGCCCUGGUGGUGGCCUUCUUCCUCUGCUGGUGCCCCUACCACAUUCUCUUCCUGCUGGAGCUGCGCCCCCACACCUGGCCCCCCGCCGUCUUCAGACUGGGGCUGCCCCUGGCCACGGCGCUGGCCAUCACCAACAGCUGCCUGAACCCCAUCCUCUACGUCUUCAUGGGUCAGGACUUCAAGAAGUUCAAGGUCACCCUCUUCUCCCGCCUGGCCAGCGCGCUGAGCGAGGACACCGGCCACGGGUCCUUCCCCAGCAACCGCAGCUUCACCAAGGUGUCCUCCGUGAAUGACAAGUCCCCCGUGUCCGAGAAGGAGACCGCCAUGCUCUGAGCCCCGCCGGGGAGCCCCCACCCCGCCCUGGAGGCCGGGCUGGGCCAGCAAGACACAGGCACCCUCGCCGGUCCCUCCUCCGUUGACGCCCAGACUCCCCUGCACUCCAGCCCUUUGUGAUGGGGGCAAGUGUCGGUGCACAGAUUGCCGGGGAAGGGGACCUCGGGACCCUGAACCCCCACACCGUGCACUUGACUUGCAGAUCGGCUGGAAAGACUGAGGCCAGGUGUUGGGGGCCGGUGGACUCUCAAAGAGGAAAUGGGAGGUCACAGAAGACUUGGGGCCCAGUGCAGGGCCUGGACUAAGGCCUUACGAAGCCCUGACACUAGGGCUCAGGGGUGAUGGUGCUUCCAGUCAAUGUAGGGGUAAGGGCAGCGGUGGCCCCUGCCCUCAGGCCCUGUUCUCACUCUGCCCUCGUUCUGAGAGGCCGAGGGGUUGGGCUGGGGGAGGUGGCGUCUCCUCCCUCUCUGCUUCUUCAGAGCCCGGCAGGCUGCUGUCUUCUUGGUCAGGACCCUGAGUGUACCCCCAAAGGAGGAGAGGGGGGUGCAGGGGGCAUGGUCACUUCAGCCGAGGCUGAGUUCGGAGGAGCCUGCCUCUGCACGGCCCCCAGUCUCCCCCCUCACCCACUGCCCUUUUGCCCUUGCCCCGAGGACACUGUUCCUGUUCUGGGUCACUAUCUGACCCACAGAGAGCAACAAGGGGGCUCAGAGGAGGGAGGUGACUGGCCAUUGUCAUGCAGAGAGCCAGUAGCAGGUGAAGACUGGAGCCCAGUUCUGUUCUCAGCCCAGACGCAUUCCCCCUUGGGAGACCCCAACUGUGACACUCCCCCCCCUUUACUCUGCUUUCCAUGUGAGGCACUGCCCCCCCACCCCCAGCUCAGCCCCAGUCAGGGACAUCAUCACGUCUUUCUCCUGCAUGUGGCCUCAGAGGCUCAGAGAGACUCAGGCGCUUGGCCCAGGGGCCCAGUUGGCCAGGCCAGAGCCUGGAUUCGAACCUACCUCUACCUGGCUGGAACCAGGCUGCGGUGCCCUGAGCUCUGACCACAUUCGCCAACUCCCCAGCAGGCGAACAUCAACAGCUGUGUGGCCGCUGAGCCAGCUGUGCACGGGGUUUCCCAAAACCUCCCCAGCGGCCAGGGAAACAGCUCAGCUGGAGGAGCGCAGGACUUGCAUGCCUGAGCCCCCCCCCUUCCUAUCCCCUGCCACACAUUGAACCCCAGGGGCUGCACAUACCAGAGUGCUGCUUUGUUCUCUCUCCUGUGAAACGCUCGUUCCCUGUCUCUCAUGAAAUAAAUAAAGCCUUUAAAAGAA